CCGACCAUUAUGAUCCAACUGGGCCAUGCCUGAACGGCACCAGGGUCGGUCUCAUUAAGCGCAUUAUGACCUGGUGUCGCAAUACUGGCGAUAAUGAGAAUCGGCUCAUGCUACUGACUGCUGUGGCCGGCGCUGGCAAGACUUCGAUUGCGCUCACGGUAGCAGAACAAUGUGAAGAGGAGGCUACCCUGUUACUGUCCUUUUUCUUCAAAGCUGGGGAACAGUCGUGGCCCGAUCGUCUGCUCAGUGGUAUAGCCUCAGCUCUAGAAGACCACGAUCCGGUUUACGGCGAUCUCAUUGCCUCCGCCCGUCGGAAAGAUCCUACUCUCUCGACGGCUCCACUCCUGAUACAAUUCAAGAAAUUGGUGGCCUCGCCCCUCCUCCAUAACCCCCCCCUUCCAACCGUCCCAUGGUGGUCAUUAUUGACGCUUUAGACGAAUGUAACAACAAAGCAUUCGAACCCCUUGCUAAUAUUCUUCGGGUGGAAGUUCCCAAAUUACCGCCUUCCAUAAAAUUCUUUAUCACAUCGAGACAAUUUAAGCCCGUUGAUCGCUUCCUCUCACCCCAUCUUCCUAUCAAUCACCUUACCAUUGAUCUCUCGGAUGACGCGAACGUGCAGGACUGCGCUACGUACAUACGUUCGGAGCUGCAAAAACUGAAGGAUUGUCACCCCGAUGUACGGGAUAAACUGCAGGACGAGCAGGAAAUGGUACGGGAGAUCUUGGAACGAGCAGGUGGCUUGUUUAUUUGGAUCAGCACCCUCUUUCGCUAUAUGAGGAUGGCCAGCAAUGACCCUAUGAGGACGCUGGAAAGACUGCUCAAUGCCGGCGCGAAGGGAUCGGCGGUUUCUGCUGAGGGGAUGAUGGAUUACUUGUAUACAAGCAUUCUGAAGAAGUGUGAUUGGGAGGAUGGAGAUUUUGCGCACGACUACCCAGUUGUGAUGGGAGCAAUCUUCGUUGCACAACAACCACUGUCUACUGCAGCUUGGGAUGUGAUUUUGUCGCCUUUCUUGAAGUCUUCUGUUCGAUAUACGCUGGCCGAACUUGCUCCUCUCCUUGAAGGAGUUGAAGAUCCUCACAUCCCGAUCCGCAUCUUACACCAAUCCUUCCGCGACUUCAUUUUGGAUCGGAUCGAUCUCCAAUCAAUCAACUUUCGUUGCAGUCCAGUAGAUGUGGGGAUGGGGAACGCCCGGAUUGCGCUACGAUGUACCGAGAUUCUGAACCAGGAUCUUGGCUCUAUAGAGGGCCUAGGACUGAUUAACAAUUUGUCCGGGCGGGAUGGGUUGCCACGCAUUCCUCCGGAGGGACUAUCCGAGCACUUGCAUUACGCAUGUCGUUACACCAUUUACCACCUUAGUGGAGUCCAGGAACCUUCGCAGGCGCUCCAUGGGUCAGUUCGCAUGUUUCUCAGUCACCAAGCAAGUCGCUGGGUGGAACUUUGUGUGAGAAUGGGAAGCUACAUCAAUAUCUCCAUACUGCCUGGGUGGGCUAAGUUGGCGGUUGACCAAAGAUCAAAAGCUGCUAUGUGCACACUGGCCAACAUACUUAUUCAGCUUCAGUCGAAUUUGGUCUUUUUUUCAAGGUUCCAUGAGGCAUAUGAGGCGGCAAACGAUUCGGUUGUACUCUGCCGAUACCUUGUUUUUGUGGACUCGGGGUAUGCCCCAGAAUUGGCUAGGUCGCUCAACACUUUAUAUUUGGCUAUUUUCAAACUCGGACGGCACUCUGAGGCCCUCCCAGUCGUCGAAGAAAGUGUCAAACUCUACCGCCGGCUGGUUGCUGUUCGCCCAGCAUCAUACACCCCAGAUUUGGCUGCGUCGCUCAAUAAUCUUUAUAAUGCGCUUUCAAAUCUCGGACGGCACUCAGAGGCACUCGGAUUUAUCAAGGAAAGCAUCAAACUCCGGCGCCGGCUAGUUGCCGUUCACCCAGAACUAUUCACCCCAGAUUUGGCCUUGUCGCUGAACAAUCUAUAUAACGCCCUUUCUGAUCUUGGACAACACUCCAAGGCGCUCCCAUUCAUUGAGGAAAGUGUCAAGCUCUACCGGCAGCUAGUUGCCGUGGACCCAGAAUCAUACACUGCACAUUUUGCUUCGUCACUCAACAAUCGCUUCAACGCUCUUUCGAAUCUCGGACGGCACACCGAGGCGCUCCCAUUCAUAGAGGAAAGCGUCGAACUCUACCGGCAGCUAGUUACCGUUCACUCGGGAUCAUACACCCCCGAUUUGGCCUUGUCCCUCAACAGUUUACACAAUGCGCUUUCAAAUCUUGGAUGGCACUCGGAGGCGCUCCCAUUCAUAGAGGAAAGUGUCAAGGUCUACCGCAAGCUGGUUGCGGUUCACCCGGGAUCAUACACCUCGGAUUUGGCCAGGUCACUCGACAGUCUACGUAGUGCUCUUUCGAAUCUCGGACGGCACUCGGAGGCGCUUCCAUUUAUUGAGGAAAGCAUCGAACUCUACCGCAAGCUGGUUGCUGAUCACCCAGGGUCAUACAUCCCACGUUUGGCUUUGUCACUCAGCAAUCUAUAUAGCGCUCUUUCGAGUGUCGGACAGCACGCGAAGGCACUACCAUUCAUCGAGGAGAGUGUUGAGCUGUACCGUCAGUUAGUUGUCGCUCACCCAGAAUCAUACAACCCACAUCUGGCUUCGUCCCUCAACAAUCAAUGUAACGCUCUUUCAAAACUCGGGCGGCACCCCGAGGCGCUCCCAUUGAUCAAGGAAAGCGUCACAUUGUAUCGCCGGCUAGUUGCCGAUCACCCCGGAUCAUACACGCCAGAUCUGGCUUUGUCACUCAACAAUCAAUAUAAGGCUCUUUCGAAUCUCGGAAGGCACUCGGAGGCACUCCCACUCAUCGAGGAAAGCGUCAAACUCCGGCGCCAGCUAGUUGGCAUCCACCCGAUGGGAUCAUACACCCCAGGUUUAGCUUUGUCACUCUACAACCUAUGUAGCGCCCUUUCGAAUCUCGGACGGCACUCAGAGGCGCUCCAAUUCAUCGAUGAAAGCGUCAAACUCUAUCGUCAGCUGGCUGCCAUCAACCCAGGAUUACACACCUCAAAUUUGGAUAUGUCACUCAACAAACAACGUACGACUCUUUCUCACCUCGGGCAUGAUCCCAGGCGCUAAUUCCAGCAAGUUGGGUCCGCUGGCGACCUCGGGGACCUUCCUAUCUCCCGUAUCAUUGCGUCUCCCAGUUCGCUGCCUCCACCAAAGUGUGCACCGCCCGGUUGGGCGUUCGGUUGAGAGCACUGGGGACUGACAUAGGUUUUUGGUUCGGAACUGAAAUGUUUAUAGGCUGUUCCACUCAUAACAGGUCACGAUUGCGACUUAUGAUUCCAAUAUCAAGAAUGCUCAUCUCUUUGUCUGAGAUGUUUUUCCUCCAUGUUUCCACACCAUUGUUUGCAAUGUAACUAACAAACGAUCAAUGUCGGCGCAACUGGCGGAAAUC